AUUUCAAGUAAACUUGGGCCAAAGGUUGUUUGUUAUUUCUACCUACAUAGGAGGUAGUCAUCACUAAGAUGUACUGAUAGAUGAAUUUCGUGAGCCACAAAGUAAAUAUUACACAAAUUGAUGUCGUUUAUAGUGCCAGAUACACUAUAACAAAUCCAAGAUUUGAAUCAUCGUAGUUUAUAAGUUUCAAUUUCAACAUGAUCAAAUUGGUGAGUUGUUUAUUGUCCCCUCGUUCUCCAUUGUAUUGCGGAUAUCAGGUACAUUACUUGAGUCUUCAUGAUGUCAUAUUUUCUUAUUACAUACCUACAUAAGCCACCCAACAUAAGGGCAGUGCUUAAUACCCCACGUCUAAAUUCCGCUGAAGCCGACAUCGAGCCGCAUGAUUUCUUGCCUCAAACGUCCACUAGAAUCGCUUGUGACGCAAGAGGCGUGCGUGCCCAUAACAGCGUUGGUAGUCUAAUGCAACUUACUGUACCUAACGCUAGCCAGGAACGAAGCAGCCUGCAUAAUGGCAACUCUAUCACUAGACGAAGAAGAUCCCCCGCCCUACAUCCCAGAGAAUCGGAAUGACGGAGACGAUGUACUUCAGCCUUCCAUCUUCGUACUUGACGGCCAUUACAUCCGAGCCCAGACCGCCGACGGUGCUCCGUUAUAUGAGCUCUCUCGUGAUGUCAGGAGAUCUCCAACAAGCGAGGCCCAGCUUGCCCAAGUCACACUCGAACGUCUAAUUCGCAAUGUAAGGAUAAGCGCAAACGGUACGCCUCGGGUUAUACACCGCACCCGCCAUAUAUUCGAGCUCAAGCAUCUACCUCCCGUGAUAUCUACCGGAUUCCCUUACGUCUUAGAUGCCAUAUCGCGACAUGCCGUCGGAAACCUCGCGCUUAAACCCGCAUCCUUCCCUCGAUCGGGAUGUAAGGUGGUAAAGAUCAAACCCGAGAAGGAGAGCGGGUUCCCUAAAGGAUACCGAGCUAGAAAGGAGUCGUUGAAGGGAGACGAAGUGAUAUUCGAGAUACUCAAGAAGCGCGAUCAUUAUGAGUGGAUGCAUCCUAUUGACGGGAGUCGUAUCGCGGUAGACGAUGAGAUGGAGAAUCAGCAUAGACUGAUAGUUACGGCCCCUAUAACGCGGAAGAUGAUGGAUGCCAUGGUAGCUAGUUGGACCUUACGAAUUUGGCGUGACGGUAUGAAGUCCCACGGUGAGCCGCGGAAAGCACUCAAGACAGAAGUAAGGAGCGUACGAGAAGUUCUUCCAAGGUGGUGGUAACUAGAACAACGAGUGUUAAGGGCAUGUCUCAGACACUUACACGAUUCACAGGUAGGUAACAAGGGAGGGGAGUAAAUAUGACGCCCACACAGUCUUGAAGACGAAGCAGAGACGGUUUCUCAGCCAUACAUCCCGAAAUUUGAAAAGCCCCGGACCGGAUAGAGGAUCUCAGUCUCAGGGACUUUAUUUGACCACGGAUCUACGGAUAUAUG